AUUCUUCAAAGUGAAAUUGAAGGCAAAGGCAAAUACAUAUCAUCAUUAUUGAAACUAUGUGAGUGUCUGGAAGGAGAUGUUCGUUUUGGGCAGAAUUCUGUUUGGGAUGCAGAAAGAGUUCAAAAGGUGGCCAACAAUUUGGAACAUAAAUGGCAUUCCAUAUGGUUGCGAUCCUUAGAAUGCCACUGUAUUCUUGAAGAACUGAUGCGUGCUUAUAAAACAGGAUGUGAUAAGUUAGAGAAGAGUUUUAGUGAUGAACCAGUGAAAAAGUAUCCCAGACUAAGUGAUUAUGAAGAGAUUUCUCUUUUAGAAAAUGAACUGAAGAACAAGAUGAGUUACAAAUUCAGUGAUUCUCCAGAAAAGGAUCCAGACAAUGAAGACUUGAACUUUCUUUUGACUGAUUCACCUUUGCAAAAAGAUGAAUGCAGUACCGUGAAGAACGACAAAGCUAUCAUGGUUGGGGAUACGGGUAUUACUGAACUGAAAGCUGAAUGUGGAACAGGAAAAUUUGAAAUUGUGCAGGACAUAGGCUAUUCUAGUGAAACCUCUGCUCAUUUCUCAAAUGAUGAAAAAUUAGAUGUCAUGACCCAUAUUCAAAAUGUUGAAAAUCACCAGAGAAGUGCUAUCAGAGGUGGUGCUGGACAGUCAGUUCAUAAUUUAAGCCCAAAUUCAUUUUCAUGCACAGCCAUAUAUCCAAAUUUUAAUAAAAUACACCUUGCACCAGAUAAAUAUCCAUCUGUGAGUUUAAAGACCCUUCAUAUUUUAACUGAAGAUAAACCUCUUUAUCAGUCUAAGUAUAACAGGUGUAAAAGUGUACCAGAUACAUUUUAUAAAGUAACUGCUAUAGAUGACGAUGCUGAGCCUGCAGUCAAUUUUGAUUUGAUUUCUAAAAAUCAGAAUGAUUCUGUUGACAGUCUAAAUGAUAACAAAUUAGAUCUUUUAGAAAGCAAUUCUGUAAAUAUGCCUUCAAAAUUGAAAGAAUCUGUAGACAAUACUAAGGUAAAGAAUACUGGUUCACAGUUAGACAAUCUUCCUCACAUUUCACAUAAAAAAGGCAAACGGGUUUCAUCAUCUACAAUAAAUAGUAUGCCUUUAAAAACUUUAAAUCCAGAUGAAUUGUGGAAGAAGUGUGCCAGAGUUUGUGAGUGGUUAAAUACAUGUGAAUCUGUUCAAGAUUGUUCAUUAGAGGAAAAUUUAGAAGACAGAUUAGGAAAAGGAGAAUGGUCUCAUAAAACCAUCGAUAGCUCUUGUGAUGCUAGUGGGGAAUAUACAACUGAGUCUGAUAGUGAAAAGUCAAAUACCUCAGAUGUUAACAAUAGUGCUUCUUUCUCUCAAUCAUUUACAGGUUCUAUUGAGACUGUUAUACCAGCUGUACCUGAAGACAGUGGCAUCAUGCAGAGUGAUAGAGCUGGUAGCACUGAGCCUUCUCCAGUUGUACGAAUGCGAAAGAAAAAACGAGUUAGUCGGGAUAGACCUUGGAGUGUGUCGGGAGUUCAUCAGACUGUAUUAACUCCUGCAUCAGUUCCACAUUCCACAUCUGAAGGUGCUUUAAACUUGCUAUGCUCGUCCCAAGAUGGCAAGAAAAUACAUUCAAAAACAGCAAAGACUGAAAAGAAACGUCUAUCUUUGACUGAUGUUUCUGCCCUGAAUUGCUGUUCUGCAAAAUCCAGCAAAUCAAGCCAAAGAAACUCAAAAUUAUCAAAUUCAGUUCUUCCUGGAUCUGAUAAACCUUUGUCAGGAAAAGACUCUCAUUCUGAACAAAAUUUAGGUAACUGUGAUUCAUUGCCAUCGUCUGUAAGGGAGUCAGUAGAACCAAAGCCAGUGGAUGCUGAAGAACAGAUAUCCCUGAUUGAGAAGAUUCGGUCCCUUGAAACUACUUUGUCAUUAAAAAGUAAAAAUGAUAAUGAAGCUAAGAUUGAAGACCAAGGCUCUAUUUCUGAUCAAGCAUGGGAUGAAUACCAAGAUCCACCAUACUUGAGUGAACCUUAUUCUGAGCAGACAGCAGAUGAAGAUGAAGUGAGAAAAUUAAUCAGCUUUGGUGAUGAUUACCGUGCAAUUCUUGGCAGCUAUUCUGAUGGGUCUUCUAUAAGUGUGAAAAUUCCUUCUCAUAAAAGCAGAGGAAGAUCCAGAUCUUUACAAAAAACUAGUAGUCAGAGUAGUCGCACAUCAGUUCCUGAUUCAAAUUCUGAUUCAGAAGAUUUUCACAAUAUAUUAAAGACAAGCAGUCGUGCCCUGCAGUUUGUGAGCUCUAGCAUAAAAGACAGUUCUGCAAAUAUGUCGUCUUUAUCAUCUGAAUUUGCAGAGUUAGUUGCCACCUGCCAAACAAAUUUGUGCCACUUGAAUGCUAUUCACAAUGAGCUUAUUAAUUCAAGCUAUGAGAUGGAGUCUUUAUCCAAAGAAGAUGUGUUGAAAUUAACAGGUUUGAUAAAAGAGUGGGAAGAAGUGCAGAGGAAGGUGUUGAAUCUUUCAAGAAAUGAUAGAGAUUCAAAGCUUAGUAGUGCUGACUUAGAAUCUGCAAUUUUAGAUGUUCAUUGUUCUCUUACUGCUUUGAAAGAGAAACUCAGUGCUAUGGCAGUGAAUGCCACAGAUGCUGUUGGAUCUGCUAUUUCUCUUGAGCAACUCAAGACAAAUAUACAAAAUUUACAGGCUGGCUUGUCUAAUCUUCAAGAAAUGAAAGAGUCUGUACUGUCCAUCAGUGCCCGGAUUUUAAGGCUGAUUGCCGAGGGAGGAGGUCAUGCUGUAACUCCUCUCAGAGACAAUGCUACAAAAUUAUAUCGACAAUGGGAAGAUGUAUAUGAAUUGAACUGUUUACAGUUAACAAAGCUUCAAGAUCUACAGUCACGUUGGCAUUUAACCAUUGAAAGUGAGAUGGAUGAAGAUUUGGAAACCGCUACCCAGUGGCAACCUGUUCAAGUUGGAGACAGUUUGCCAAAACCUGAGGUAUCCACAGAAGCGCUGCAUGAAAACACGGCUGCAGAAAUUCAGGUUGCUGAACAGCUGGAUGUAUUGAUGGGCAUUGAGUCUAAAUCAUUAAAAGCAACCAUCCGCUGUAGUGUAUUUGAUGAUGAAAACAAAGAAUUUGAAGAACCUGUGUUACAUUUGAGUCCUCCUGUUCUGAAAUUAGAGAGUGGAUUAAAUUUUAAAACAGAUGAAACAACAGAAAACUCUUAUCCUGAGGCGUGUGUUAGAGAUCGAUCCCGUUUCUGGCGUUCUUUGAGAGCUGCAGUGCCCAUUCAGUUUGCUUUAGUUGUUCUGUACUGCAUGUCAUGCUUGAUGGAGCCUCGUUGUUGUGAAAAUGUAAACAAUUUUGAUUUUUCCAUCCUGCCUCAGCUGCGGUAUCUUCAGGGGCCACCUCCUGUCUGAGGGAAAAAAUGACAUUUUACUUCUGUGGCACAAAUAUUAUCAUUGUGUGUGCAAGUAUUGUCAUUGUGUGCACAAGUGUUGUCACUUUUUUACUGAAUAGUGAUUUAUAUUCAUAUAUAUUUGUUUAUUAUGACAGAAAACUGUAAUCGAAAGCAAAGAAAGAAUAUUUGUUUUUGCAAUACCAAAAAUUUUUAUUAAUUAAUUGGGUUUUAGCGCAGCUAAAUCUAUUUAAAUAUUUUUCUCCUGUGAUAAAAAAAAAUAUAUAUGUAAUUGGUUUGUGUUGUAAUCUAUUUAUUUUUAUUUAGUGCAUUUUGAUGUACAAACAUCUGGAUGAGAAAAUGUUUUUGUUUUUGUCUUAAUUAAAGACAGACUUUUAAACCACAAGAAUGUUAAGUACUAAGCAAUACAGAAAUCUUAAGGUGCUAAGCUGUUUAGAAACAAAAGUAAAUGAGUAUUGAUAGUUAAUUCUGAUAGUUCUUGAUCGUUCUGUCUGAAUUGCUACAUAAUACUUUUCAUUGUUCCAUUAUAUAUUUUUGGUGUCGUAUUGCAUUUAAGUAUCUAGUUGUCCGUCAAUAAAAGUUGGGGAAGUCGAGUUUUCCCUCAUUUAUUGUUUAAAAAGUUCUGUGCAAAAUAUGUUUGUUAUUUAUGUUUCUGUGUGUUUGAUAUAAACAAAAAAGAAACUGUACCUGAUAAAUAUGGGUUCAGCUAUUUAUUCUACCGCAUGAUUUUUUUUCUUCACCAAAGCUAGUUUUUCAUCUGAAAUGAUCCGUAAGAGUGACAUUUAAAUUAAAAUGUUUCCUGAAGUGCCAAAAUUUCAAUUUACGAUUGCGCAGUGAUGCUAUUGUUAUUUAUUGUUAUAUCAUCAAGUCAUAUUUCAUUAUAGUAAUAUAGUUUUUAAUACACCAAUUAAACUUUUCCUCAUUUCAGUGCAAUUUUAUAUUUUUUUAUGUCAAAAAAGCUUAAAAAAAAGUGUAAUCGUUGCGUAACCUUUUCUUUUGUGAUGUGUGGGAAUAGUACGACUAUUUUUGCCCCCAUCUCCAGCAUUCUAAUGUCUUCCUGUCAGUUCUGUUAUGCUAAUUUUAACCUUUUACUGGCGUGGUGAAAGUUUAUAUGUAACUGAUUUAAUCAUUUCCUGUAGACCAAUAAAAAUGUUCUAUGCAUAUACUGAACAUAUAGUUCCAAUAUAUAAUUAGUUAAUCAUCAAAAUAAUUAAUAAUUUAUCUUAAGAUGAAAUAUAUUGCUGCCGAAAGUUGAAGCUAUAAAGAUGCAGGUAAACCAUAAUGCUUGACUCUACUGGGAUGUGUACCAUACCUAUUGUUUAGUACGUUAGUUUUAGUGUUGAGUGUUCCUGUGUGAAAUAACAAGUUCAUUAUUACUUUUUUAUUAUUUUGUCGUAAUUUUAUUAAAGCAUAAAUAUCUCUUCUUCAGUAAAUAAGAAUACUAAUCUUGAUAUAUGUUGAUUUGCUGUAAUGGGGACGUCGGAUCUCAUUAUUUAUAAAUCACUGAAAUUAUUUAUUUAUACAAAAUAUGUUUUGAUUGUAUAGAUUAUAUAUAAAAAAAUAAACUUUGAAUAAAAUAUUUAAAGAAAUAAGCUUAGAAAGAUUUUUAAAUGUUAAAACUGAAAAUAAGAACAAAUAAUAAAAAUAUAUUACAUUUAUGAAAUUCACAAAAGUAAAUAACUUGUAAAUUUUUUUUGUUUUUUGUUUUUAAUUUUAAAUUCUGAGGUUUCGGUCAAAUGCGGUUUCUGAACUAUUUCGAGAUUGGAAAAAUGUGGAUGCUGUCGUAUGUUAAAAGUGAACUUGGAUGACCAUCAAGAAUUCCAUUUAUCACUGUUUUUAUAAUUAAUAAUUAACAGAGAAAUAAAAAUGCCCUAUCUCUCUUUCUCUCUCUCUUUUUUUUUAAGUACUUAUAGAUGUUUCAUUUUUAUUACUAACAUUUCAUUGGUUAUCUCUCUGUACUUCGCAUAAUGUUUCAGAAGUUCAAUAUUAACUUCAUAUUGCAUUUUAAUUCAUAUCUUAUGAAAAGUUAUAUGAAUGUUAAUUAAGAUUCGGCAAUUCUUAAUUCUUUUAAAUGGUCAUUUUCUUGGCAUCUGUACCUGAUUAUUUUACUGUUUGGAUUGCGACAUUCCACAAUGCAGUUUCUUUUGAGACAUUGCCAUAGCAUCUGAAAUUUUAUUGUUUUAAUGCAGUCUUCCAUUCAUUAUUUUAAAUUCUGAUCCUUUUCUCUGUGAGUAAUUAUUUAAAGCUGAAAUUUUUUAGUUUAGUUAAAUCAGCAUAUGCAUGCAAAUUGAUUCAUUCCAUGUAUCGAUUGUAUGUGUUCUGAUGCAAAUAUUUUUAUUAGUAGUAAUCUGCAUUUUUAUUUUUUGGAUAUUUUUAUUUUAAAAGUAUUUCAGUAUGGUUGUGUUUCAAGAAUCGACAAUAUCAUGCACUACAAUGCAAUUUUAAUAGUGAGAAGACUUAAGCUAUUAAAGAAAUGAUGGACCAUUUUUAAAUACAUUAUCAUUUAAUUCAGCGAAAGUCAUUAAAACUUCACACACAGAUAUGCAAAUCUGAAUGCUGUAAACACUGCCUUAUCAUUUCAUGUGAUGAUAUUUAUUUGUUAAAAUUGUUAUUAAAUCUGUUUUUAACAACUAUGUUUAAUUGAAAGUAAUUAAAUAGAUAAAAGAAUUAAUUCACUUUUAACUGGUGACUUACCUAACACUCCAAUGUGUAAUUAGGAAUGAUCUUUCAUUCCAUGUUGUUAGUGAUUGUAUACUUAAUAUUUGUAGACAUUUUGAGACACAAUUGAAGAGGUGCAUGUUAUUCUCUCACCUUCUUCAUCUUAUUUUUAUAUUUUUUAUACUGUUCCAAAAUGUUAACUACUGAUUGCUGCAUAUUUGAUCUUGUAUUUGCAACACAAUGUUGUUAUUAUUCUCUGAGAACAUGAUGCCAUAUUGUGAACUUUCUUAUUGCAAAUAUGAAAGCAGUAGCACUUUUUUAAGGCUUUGCUCUUUAAAAAUUGUUAUUAAAAGCUAUAUAAUAUUCUAUAUGUAAAAUGAGUACUGCAAGGGUUGAAAUCAAUUCUGUUGAUAUAUUAGCCUUGUUGCAGGUAAACUUAAGAGUAGUUUCAUAAUUGACGUUAAAAUUUAUAAGCAUGAACUGUUCAUAUACUUCAAAAUUUGCUUAUUUUCCCAAAGUAAGUGAAUCUGGCACCUUAAAUACUUUUUAUUAAUGUGUGAUUAAAAUUGCUUAUAUAGAAACUGAAGUACAGUUAAUUGCUUGAGAUAUAAAAUCUUGAUUUCAUAAUCAUGAGUAAACCAGUAUAUAUUCUAGUCGUGCAUUUAAAUGGGAGUGAAAUAAUUCAACUUAAAAAAAAAAAAUGUAGGGCAUUUUAUAUUAUUUAAUCAUCUGGUUUACUUAAUAUAUUUCAUACACCUGUUGUUUUGUAAUCUUGACAAAAAAAUAAAGAAAUAUUUGC